GGAGUGCCGGCUCCUGCCGCCGCAGCGCGGCCUUCGGACGUUUGGCAGCAGCAGAAACACACGUGGUAUUAAGGUAGCACUUCCUUCUGGGGUCGAGGUGGACUUGGAGAUGUGCGCUUCGGCUGACCGAGGCCGCUAGAGAUUUGGAGACGCGGAGGUGCCCGCGCUCACCGCGCGUUUUCUUGGGGAACUAGGAGGCGUGACCUGGUAUCCUUAGCGGCCCGAGGCGUGAGGUGGGGAGGAGACCCCGAGGAGCGACCCCAUCCCCCCGGCUGGAGACCAAGACCGCCUUGCAAACUCCCCACCCUCAUCCCCCACCCCCUGCAUCUGAUUUGCCCUGAGGUCCGGUGGUCGGUGGCGUUUUACAGCCUCAGUUCUGAUCUUGUUUCCUCCGGGUUGUUUUUUUUCUGCGGGGCGAGCACGGGUCCCCGCGGUCCCGGGAUUCGGUCAUUUUGCUCAUCUUUGGAGGGUAAGCUCGGAAAAGAUUGCACCCUAACCCCUCUCUCAGAGGCGCAUCAGGUGAUGUUUGGAGCCUGUGUCGUUGCUGGAUGAGGGAUAACUGAGACUCGCGGUGGCUUUAGCGCGACCCCUCCAAGUGCUCUAGUUUGCAGGACGAUCGGGUAUGAGAGUUUAUACUCGCCCCAGAGAAAUACAUAUCCAAGAGGAAAAUAGAUGCAGGCUUGCCUGUGAGUUGGAAGAGUCUAUACCCUUUAAGAUGUACUGGUUUUGUCUUUGACACGUGUGUCCAGAAAUGUUCUCCAAAAUAUGAAGAAGACUAAAUUAGGAUUAUUUUCUUUCAGAAAAAUGUUGCAAAAUGCUUUCCUGAAUGGUUUGCGCUAAUUGUUAGAUCCCUUAGUCUACCUUCUCUAAGGUGGGGACUCCCCGUUUAGAAGGCUUCCUGUCCAGAGCCUGGGCAUUCAGAGUCCGGAGAAGGUGGAAACAGCUGCCAUUCAGGGACUUUAACACAUUGCCCAAUUCACUUUCUGCAUAACUCUUCUUUGCAUCUCAAAAGGUGUUUUGAACCGAUAUAUAUUUUCAAAGCUUCAGUUUUUCAUAUGAAAGCAAACAUACCUGUUCUAAGAUUAAAGGGUUUAAAAAAUAAAAAUUUCUUAAUAUCGCAGAGACUUCUGAGAGUAUAGAGAAUUGCUAAAUCACUGAUAAAAAGUGAGAACACCAAAUAGCUGGCAAUCACUGCUUUAGGAAAGAUUUAUUUGACAUAAAUACUUAUCUUUUGUCUUGUUGAAACCUUGAUGAUAUUAUCAUUUGACUGGGACUUUUUUUUUUUCAUGUAGAUUUUAGAUUUAGAAGGCAACUUAGAGGUGAUGUGGGCUGCAAAGAACGUAAAUAUUUUUGACAACAUUCCUAAAACAUUGAGUUUUGUCCUCUGCUUGGGUUUUAUGUAGUGGGAGGAGGUGUGUUAGAACGCUAUGUGUUUUAGAGCUGUAUUUUUGGAACAAAUUUUCAGUUUUCCUGUCCAGGCCACAUCUCCCUGUCAUUGUACCAAUAACUGGGACUUCAGACCCCAUAGCAGAGAUAUCAGCCUGGUGACAGCAAUCUGACUUGACAGUGCGCCACUUUAGAAAGUAACUUAAAGGACAUUUGCUAAUUCCUCUUCAUUUUCAACUGCUGCUUCUAACAGAUUUGUCUAGCCUUUUAGAUAAUUUUGAAUCUUUAUUAUCUGUAGUAUUUAUACAGCAUUUCUAGUGUUGUGAUAAUUGAAAAGUUGGAACCUAAAAGUCCUUUCUGUGUAUUCAUUUAACCAAGUUGGAAGAACCUGGGGAGGUGCAGAAGAUAGUUGCUUCCAUUGCUGCCACUAGCUUGGCUUUGGGUGUUUUUAGUCUUUCUCCUAACGUCUUUGACUAUCUUUCCCUCAAGAAUACUGUGGGAGGCCGGCCAGCGUGGCUCAGUGGUUGAGCAUCGACCUAUGAACCAGGAGGUCACGGUUCAAUUCCCUAAUUGUGCUAAAGAUCAAGCUUGCUCAUCUCUCCCUUUUUGGAAGUAUGGCUUAUCACUUGAUGGGAUCCUGUCAGGCAGUCCUCGGAUUAUGUCAGACUCGAUGUACGUCGUUUUGUGGUUACGUCGCCAUCUCCCAUUUACAGUAUUUAUAUAUAAAUAAAGUUCCAUCAUUUCGACGUAUGUACAUAUGUGCUUUAUGUUUUUUAUUAUUUAUUUACCACAAGUAAAGGUCAAGAAUUGUUAUCUUUUCAUUUAUUUUUACUGUUUCACUUAAUUACUGCUGUGUAUGUGCUCCAUGUGAGUGCCCUAGGUGCUUAUGUAGGUGGGUUCCGACUUUCGGUGAAAAUCGCGUUGCGUCGCGUAGGAACGGAUCUCCGACGUAACCCGAGGACCUACUGUAUUCUGGUUUUGUCUUCUACCAGCCUCCCAGGUCCCAAUAGUGACGCUGAAGCAGCAAUCAAGUUCCUUCAGCAACCAGGAAGUGAAAUCAAAUGGAUGUUGGUGAGUACCCCAGGGCAGCAGUUACUGCAUUUCAUUCAUCCCAAAUGAACUGUAACCUGCAAGCCUUCUUUAGAAUGAAGAGGCGCAAUUUCUCUGUUGUGAAUAAAAUUGGCCAGUCGUCACCAGCAAUGAAACAGUCAAAACUUGAAUUCUACUCUUCUCUCAACCAGACUCCUAUGUACACUGCUCUUCCAGACUGGGGGAGUUUGCCUCUUCAUGUAGUGUUACACAUUUUUCAGUAUCUUCCUUUAAUAGAUCGGGCCCGGGCAUCUUCCGUCUGUAGGAGAUGGAAUGAAGUUUUUCAUAUUCCUGACCUUUGGAGAAAGUUUGAAUUUGAACUGAAUCAGCCAGCUACUUCAUAUUUUAAGUCCACUCAUCCUGAUCUCAUUCAGCAGAUUAUUAAAAAGCAUGCUACCCAUCUCCAGUAUGUUAGCUUUAAGGUUGACGGUAGUAUUGAGUCAGCAGAAGCUGCCUGUAAUAUACUUUCUCAGCUGGUAAAUUGUUCUAUCCGGACCUUGGGCUUGAUUUCAACAGCCAAGCCAAGUUUUAUGAACAUGUCAAAGUCGCAUUUUGUGUCAGCACUUACAGUUAUUUUUGUCAACUCAAAAUCAUUGUCCUCGGUCAAAAUCGAAGGCACGCCCGUGGAUGACCCCUCACUGAAGAUUCUCGUGGCCAAUAACAGUGAUACUCUAAGACUCCUAAAAAUGAGUAGCUGUCCUCAUGUUUCAUCUGAUGGAAUCCUUUGUGUAGCUGAUCAUUGUCAAGGCCUUAGAGAACUGGCAUUGAAUUAUUACAUGCUAAGUGAUGAACUUCUCCUGGCACUUUCAAGUGAGACGCAUGUUAACUUUGAGCAUCUUCGCAUUGAUGUUGUGAGUGAAAAUCCUGGACAAAUUGAAUUUUGUUCUAUUAAAAAACAAAGUUGGGAUGCACUUAUUAAACACUCCCCUGGAGUUAAUAUCGUUAUGUACUUCUUUUUAUAUGAAGAGGAAUUUGAGGCAUUCUUCAAAGAAGAAACCCCUGUCACUCACCUUUAUUUUGGUCGUUCAGUAAGCAAAGCCGUUCUAGGACGGGUCGGUGUGAACUGUCCACGACUAGUUGAGUUAGUGGUAUGUGCCAAUGGCCUUCAGACUCUUGAUGAUGAACUUAUUUGUAUUGCUAAACACUGCGAAAACUUAACAGCCUUGGGCCUCAGUGAAUGUGAAGUUAACUGCAGUGCAUUCAUUGAGUUUGUAAGACUCUGUGGGAGAAGGCUAACCCAGCUAUCUAUAAUGGAGGAAGUUUUGAUCCCUGAUGACAAUUACAGCCUUGAUGAAAUUCACACUGAAGUCUCCAAACACCUGGGAAGAAUAUGGUUCCCUGAUGUCAUGCCCGUCUGGUAAUUGACUACCAAAGAUUCUUAACUAUUUUUUAAUCAGUAAGAUGAGCUUCUUUCAGUCUAUGCAAAUGUAAAUUUUCAGAUGCAUUGCUAAAAUAUUUUAGGUAAAAUAUUUCAUCAUUUGUAAAUUGUCUUAAUAGGUUGCAGCAGAAACAUUAGAAAAAAUACAAGAAAUUUGAGAAGCCAGAAAUUUUAGUAAAAGGGCACAGAGUGUGUUGUGGUUAGUUGAUAUGCAAAAAACUACAGUUUCUAGAUAAGCUUCGUAGCAUUCCUUGAAGGAAUAUUUUACCUUGCUAAAUUUAUAAUAUUGAGCUUAGGCUCCCUUAAAUUAUGCCAUUUACAACUUUAUGUUAUUUUAGUUGUUUUUGUUUCAUAUUAAUUUUAAUAUAUUUUAUAAAAUAUUUAGCAUUAAAAACAAUAAAAUCAAAAUAUAGAUAUAGAGACUGACUUAAUUAUACUUCAUUUU